AUGCUUCAUGGACCUAUUCACUUGCACACGUUCCUGGUGAUCAUACAGGUGGUAUCGCAAGACAUGGCAGUCACGGCAACCAGCUACGCUAAUACUACGAGAGUAGAGCCGAGGAGUAACGCUGCGGAUGGCGCACUCGAAGCCUUCCUUAAGCAGGACUUUGAUCCUGUAGACUACCUCAAUGCCAAUAUUCCUCCCCUUGCCGUAGGCUCGAGGACGGCACAGAGCUCACAAUAUGGCCGCAGCGUACCUCUGUCAGAGCUCAACACACAGCUACAGACGAUGCUUGGCCAGCUUAAUGCUCAGAUGACAAGAUUGUCCAAUACACUAACACAAUUGACUGAUGAGAUCAUACGAAGUGGUGGCAGGCUGGCAUAUGAGGUCGAGGUCUUGCGAGGCGAUACUACUGGGCUGACUGACUCACUUGACAAUGAGUUGAGGAAGGAUAUCGAAAUCUUCACGAAAGUAUCAGAGGGAGAGAAUCUAUUGGAGGACGUCGCCAGUGACCCUACGACUUCACAGCCCCGUACAACAGCUGAACCCGAGUAUCUGGAGAAGCUACGCACUCUCACAGCUGUCCGCUCACGUCUCGACUCGGUAAUCAAAGUCUUCGGCGACGCAAUGGCCUGGCCCGUUGCACCUUCCGAUUUAUCCCUGGCCUCAUCUCUGAUCUCCAUUUCAGCACCAGAAUCUGAUGCAGACUCCCGUAUUCGAGAGGAGAAAGGCAAAGCUUUUGUGGAACAACUUCGCAACGAGAUCAAUGAUCUGGUUGGCAAAGGAAAUGAUGCUGCAAGUCUUGAAGCCGCGGCUUUGAGGGUAGAGCAGCUAGGACACUUGGCGGAGGUAUGGAAGGGCACAGCGGAGGAGAAGGCACGGAUCAAUGUCGUGGAGAGCUUGCAGCGACCGAUCGAGGAGCGGCAGAGAAUUGCUGGGCAGAGUAAGAAGGGUACUGGAGCAUCUGCGAAGGCUUUGGACUACCGCUAUGGCGAUCUUGGUGCGAGUGCGAGCACGACAAGCGCUGUCAGUGAAGACGGAUUUGGCUUUCUACAGAAUCUGAGGAAUUUCAAGAAUGACAUGUAUCUGGAUUGA